AUGGGCGUGGACUCCCCCGACGUGCGGCUGGUGGUGCACAUGAACCCGCCGUCAUCAAUGGAGGCCCUUUACCAGGAGAGCGGCCGCGCGGGGCGCGACGGGCUGCCCGCGCGCAGCAUCAUCUUCUAUGGCGCCGCCGACCGCAGGCGGAUGGACUUCAUUUUGCAACAGGAGCUCGAGCAGGCGCGCCGCGGCGGGGGCGGGGGCGGCGGCGCGGCGCGCGGCCGCGGCGGCGGCAGGAAGCGGGGACUCGAGCAGCGGGCGCCGAAAUCGGAGGGGCACGAUGACGAGGACGGCGGGGACGACGCGCCGGGUAACGCAGCCGACGACGGCGGCGGCAAAGCUAUGGCCGCCGCGGCGCUGAAGGCGUGGGGCGAGGUGGUGGCUUACUGCACGCAGCCGACGUGUAGGCGCGUGCGCGUGCUCGGCCACUUUGGCGAGACGCCGCCCGCGCAUGCUAAUGCGGCCGCCGGCGGCGCACGCAGGCGCGAAGGGGCCUGCCCGCGCUGCUGCGACGUGUGCGACGACCCACGAGAGGCCGCCGCGGCGGCGGAGCAGCAGCGGGAGCUGGAGGCGUCCGCGCUGCUGCGGCGCGGCGGCGCUGGAUGGCGCGGCGGCGGCGGGGCCCGUGGGGCGGGUCGCGGGGGCGGACGUGGACGCGGCGAGCCGUGGGGGUGGGACGACGGCAGCAGCGAUGAGGAGGGAGAAGAGGGCGGCGGCAGCGACGAGGGUGAUGGUGAUGCUGCGGGGGAGGACGAGGCCGCGGCAGAGCUUCUGCGGCAGGCGAAGCGGCGGGCGCCGGCGAGCGCGCUGGCGGUCCUGGAGCGGGCGGAGGAGGCCCAGGAGAAGAAGCGGCGGCAGCAGGCGCUGGAGGCGGAAGGGGACCCCUUGGAUCGGCGCCUGGCGGCCGCGGGCGGCGCCCCGCCUUCGCACAGGGCGGAGGUCGACGCCGCCCAGCGCGGCGCCGUGCGCGCCAAGCUGGCGCAGCUGAUCGCCUCCAACCCGGCGCUGGCCUGCACGGCCGCUCAGUCGGACGCGAUCGGCGCCGCCGCGGAGGGCGCGGUGCACCGGCCGGCCAUCCAAAAGCAGCCCUACACGAGCGCCGCGACGGCGCUGGCCGCGGCGGUGCGCCGGGCGCCCGGCUGGCACGCGCUCGCGCCGUGGGCGGGAGCGUUUGCGGGGUGCGGGCGGGAGGCGUUCCUGGAGGCGGCGGUCGCGGCGGCCGAGGCGGCGGCGGGCGGCGGGCAGGAUGAGGGGGACGGGCGGCUGCAGCGGGCAGUUCAAGAGCUGCGGAUGCUACGAGAUCUGGAGGUCACGGCGGGCCUGCUGCAGGCGACGGGCGCGGGCAGGCGCGUGCGCGCGCUGAAGAAGUGCGCGGGCGGAGUGGGCGAGGCCGCGGGCGCUGUGGUCGACGCGUGGAGGGCGCGGGUGGCGGCGGCGACCGCUGCUGUCAGUGGGGAGGGCGGCGGGCAGCAGCGGCGGGAGCGACCGCCAGCGGGAAGCGGCGGUGGCGGCUGA